CCCGUCCGGCGCCCGGGAGCCCGCAGUGCAUGCCGGGAGCGGAGGCGGCCGAGGAGCCGUGCCGGGAGCGGAGCGAGGAGCCGACCGGGUCGCCGCCAUGCCUGAGCUGGCCGUGGAGCGGGUGGUGGUUCACCCGCUGGUGCUGCUCAGCGUGGUCGACCACUUCAACCGGAUAGGAAAAGUUGGCAACCAGAAGCGAGUGGUGGGCGUUCUUUUGGGUUCCUGGCAGAAGAAGAUUUUGGAUGUAUCCAACAGCUUUGCAGUCCCCUUUGACGAAGAUGAUAAAGAUGACUCCGUGUGGUUUUUGGAUCAUGACUAUCUGGAGAACAUGUACGGGAUGUUUAAGAAAGUCAAUGCCAGAGAAAGAAUUGUGGGAUGGUAUCACACCGGGCCGAAGCUGCACAAGAACGAUAUUGCCAUCAACGAGCUCAUGAAGAGAUACUGUUCAAACUCAGUAUUGGUGAUUAUUGAUGUGAAGCCAAAGGACCUGGGGCUGCCCACGGAAGCUUACAUUUCCGUGGAAGAAGUUCACGAUGAUGGGACACCCACUUCCAAAACAUUUGAACAUGUGACCAGUGAAAUUGGAGCCGAGGAAGCAGAGGAAGUUGGAGUGGAGCAUUUACUACGUGAUAUUAAAGAUACCACGGUGGGCACCCUUUCCCAGCGCAUCACAAACCAAGUCCAUGGCUUGAAGGGACUGAACUCCAAACUUCUAGAUAUCAGGAGCUACCUGGAGAAAGUGGCCUUGGGGAAGCUUCCCAUCAACCACCAGAUCAUCUACCAGCUUCAAGAUGUUUUCAACCUGCUCCCAGAUGUCAACUUGCAGGAGUUUGUCAAGGCUUUCUACCUGAAGACCAACGACCAGAUGGUGGUGGUCUACUUAGCCUCGCUCAUUCGCUCCGUGGUUGCCCUCCAUAAUCUCAUCAACAACAAGAUCGCCAACAGGGAUGCAGAGAAGAAGGAGGGGCAGGAGAAGGAGGAGAGCAAGAAGGAGAGGAAAGACGAGAAGGACAAAGAUAAAGAGAAAAGCGAUGCCAAGAAGGAGGAGAAGAAGGAGAAGAAGUAGAGUAGGAUUUUAACAUUUGUAAAUUAAAAUCUUGUAAACUGAA